ACCUUUAAAGUUGAUGUAUCAAUUUGUAUAAGGCUGAAAUCUGAGGAGUAACUCAUUUUGUCAGCACACCUCACAUUUUAAAAAGUAAAGGGGCUCAGACCAGGUAGCAGGGAGAAGAUAGGAGAAAUAAGAAUGCGAAGGAGGGGAAAGAGGAGAAAGAUAAUAAUAUGAAAUAUUCUAGUACGAAGGUGUGGGGUGUUACAUAACAAUGUCUCCAAGCACAGCAGUACAAUCGAGGACAGAUGUGUUAUAGCCAUAAUAAAACCUCCUUUUUCGGACUUUGACCGACUAUUAUGUUGGGAGUUUUACUGGUAUGAUAAUUUCCCGGACACGAAAAGUCUCUGCCGCAAACCAAUCGUUAUUUCUCCCACGCAGUGAAGGCAACGCUGGCGUCAGCAGAGGAUUGGGGCAGUUGACUCACAAAGGGGUGGUCGCGCUCGCUCAAGUUUUUCUUCAGGUGCACACCCACUUGGAAGUCUGCGUGAUCCAUUUUUCCAAUUUUAAUGUGGAAAAAAGGAGGGUGUGGAAAUCAGAACUUAAAAUGUUUUCCUCAUAAUAGAAAACACAGGGAAACCGAGAUAUAGUAAGAAAACUCUGCGUUAAAGUAAUACCAUUUUUCUUCACAGAAAAGGGGAAAAUAGAAAGAAGAGAAAAGAUCGGAACAAGGUCCAAAGAAUACAACAGUGAGAUAACCCUUUGGACUUGGCACAUCACGUGGAAACACCUAGUGUUAACUUGGUCGGUGACCGGCUACGAGAAAAAGCCCCUUAGACUUUCGCUUCUGACUUUUUAAAUGACACUGAACGGAAAGACGGCAGAGAAAAUGCUAACGAAGCCUCAACAAAUCCAUUGUUUUUGCUGUUGAUCAAAGCCGCAGCACUAGCAGCAACAACAGUAACAGCAGCAGCAGCAGCCGCUAGAAAUCUAUAAACACUCGAACGUGAGAAACGACCAGUCCCUCAAAAUGGUCUUUGUCGGUAGUAGCGAUGUUUCUUCCCUUCUAGUCAUCGUUCUGAUUUCGAUGAGUUCCGUCCCAGGGGCACGAAGCUAUGAUGAACAUGACCUCUCCAUGUUCAGAGAGACGAUUCCAGGGCUACAUCAGUGGCAACACUUUCAAGACGGUAAAGGGGCAAGCAUGGGGGCGCUGAAGGAGAAGGUGAAGAAGGUGUCAGUUUCUUCUCGCAUGGAGCGGUUUCUGAACGACCUCUCCGAUGGAAGAGCAAAGAGCAGCUCAAAAAACUUCUUGAACUCGGAGAUGAUAUCGUCAAACUUCAGCUUGGACCCUUACGAUGACAACUACAACUUGUCCAUAAAGUGCAGCGAUGCUCUAGAGGCUUGGUUUGAAAGCCUCUUCCAGGGCAAACUGUGGGCCAUACGCAUGUAUGACGCUUGGGGAAAGACCGACUCCGGUGUGCUGAUGGGCCACUUUCGAUCCUACGGAGACUUCACAGGCUGCAAGCAACUGGUGGCUGACAACGUGACUGGGGUCAAGGGCGGGGUCAUACGAGGACGGUACUGCAGGGUCAUGCAAGAGAUUACGUCAUUCCACGGCAAAGGGGUGCAACUGUUUGAGGGUGUUUGCAUUCCUGACGUCUGCACUUGGCGAGAUCUCAAGUAUAUACUACGCAAAAUAUUCAACGACUGGGAUGAAAGCAUGGUCGAUGAUGAUGUCAAAGUAAACUGUCUCCUAGAACAAUAUCCCGGGCCUGAACGGCUGGCAGGCAUAGUAUUAGUGUAUGGGACGCUGCUCUUUCUCAUUGCUGCGGGGACUACCGUGGAUAUCUGGCGAGAGAGAGUGAAGGACGCGAACAAGGAAUCUGGAGAAUCCAGCACUAGUGCUCCUGAUGCGGCAGUUGGGAACUCCGAAGCAACCAACGAUUCUGUAAACACCGACCAAAGGAAGGAGAUUUUGAGAGGUGAAGAGUAUUUGCCCUUGACUGCAUCUGUGAGCGACAGACGGAAACAGCUUGGAAUGAAAAUGCUGAUCUGCUUUUCACUGAAGACCAACAUAAAUAAGCUGCUGAAAGUGAAGAAGUCGACAACACCUGGAAACAUAGACUGCCUGUGUGGGAUGCGUGUAAUCACAAUGCUCUGGAUCAUCUGUGUGCACACGCUGUUCUACUCCUCACAGACUGCAACCAAUGUUUAUGACUACGUAAAGGAAGAAACGAGAAACAUUUUCUUUCAAGUCAUGGCGACUGCAUCGGUGCAAUGCGACACUUUUUUCACAAUGGGGGGUCUAGUCCUAGCCUACACAAAGAUGAGCAUACUGACGAACACAAAUGGUCGAACUAACUGGCCACUGUUUUAUCUAGACAGAUAUCUCAGAUUAACCCCGACGCUGAUGCUGAUUUUCUACAUAUUUGCGGCCACCUUCCCAUUCUGGACGGACAGCCCAAUCUGGACACGUGUAGAAAUUUGGGAUGACAGAUGCACCGACACCUGGUGGCACACGCUACUCUAUAUAAACAACUUCAAAAGAGGGUGUUUCCCGUGGACCUGGUACCUGGCCGUGGAUAUGCAAUUCUACGUAAUCUCACCGAUCUAUGUCUACCUCAUGUACAGGAAACCUAUAGCUUCUUUCCUCCUGAUGGGCCUGACAUGUAUUGGAUCUAUGAUCCUCGCCGGGAAGUACGCCUACGAUCAUCGUCUCGCUCCCUCAAUUGUCUUUGAUGUAGAAGGUGCGGGGAUACCGUGAGUAUUCAUCUUGCAUUGAGUUUGUGUUUAAUA